AGUAUAUCAGUCCAAAAUUAAACUCAUUCCUGUAUCAUCUUCUUUAUGUGUUUUAACAAAAAAUGUUCAAAGGACUAAUUAAGCUGAAUCAGAAGCAUGAUCAUUGGUUCAAUUUGAUUGAGUCAUUACUGAUUGGCACUGGUAAAGAAAAAAAAAAAAAAAGGUUUAUCUUUUAUGAGAACGUAGUAGAGCUACAAAUGAUUAACACUGUUACUGAAGCAUUUUGAAUUGAAGAUAUAUACAUGUAAAUGAUACUUCUGUAGCGAAUGUACAAAGUAGCAACUAGUCAAACUACUGCAAACUUUAUCUUUGUAAUACUACAUCAUUCUUGCUAUUAAUUGUUGUUGAGAAUCAUAUCCAUGGAUUUCCUAUAAGCAAAUACACAUUUUUCAGAUACAGAAAUUAGUCUGCGGUAGAGAGAGUGGAAUAAAUUCUGAUCAUGCCGCCAUUACAAGUGCCAUUUGGGUGCCGAUAAGUAAACAUUGUCCAGGGUCCCUAUGAUAACAUAGAGAGCAGCACUUGUAAAAAGAAACCAAUUAAAUGAAGUGCGUUCCAUGUAGCGGAAAUUCGAGCUCCGAAAAAGCAACCGAAAUGCUUGAAAGAGAAGAUCGAUCAGCGUAACUUCUGAGCAAUUUUCUGUAUAAAAGCUUCAACCGAAUAUGUUGGCAAAACGGCAAUGCGAAUGGCUGUAAUGUAUACAGAAUGUAGCAUGUUACUAUGGUUCUCUGAGACAUUUCGUCGAACAACUAAUAACCUGAUGAAAAGAAGAAGGGUAUCGCAAUUCGCUAGUAUACAGUUUAAGUUGAGAAGAGUUUAAUUGGCAAAGACAGGCGUUGCAUUGUCGGCAUCAUUAUCUUUCUUCUCUGUUCAAAUGAACACACACUUUUUAACUUCUCGGUGGACAAUAAAAUUUAUGUGAUAACCAAAUCAUUACAAUCUAUACAACAUAAUAUCCUUUUGCAGAAACAAAUAUAAUAAUUUUUUUCCAUCAUAAUUUUUUACGGUGUAGAUUAGUGCAAUUUCCCAAACGAAUAAAUAAGCAUAUCUGUAACAUAUUUUUGUCUCAGCAACGGCGUUAGGGUGUGAACUUUGCAGUGCCGAUAUCGGCCCAUUAAUAGGCCCACUAAAAAAGGCCCAUUUACAGCCCAGCAAUACACCGGCCCCGCAAUUGCUUGGGGUGUAAGUCCUCCACAUCGUAAUCGUCGUCUAUAAACCCUAAACCUUUUUACCAUAUCCUCCCAUUCUCUCCAUUUGCCCUGCUAUAAUUGUAAGCGGCACCCAAGCCCAACGCAGUAGUGUAUUUGAGCUGCGCCUCGCCCUCGCCUCGCCCGUACCAAAUCCUCGAGGCCGAGGCCACGGCCAUGGCGCUCUACGCUCCGGCGCAGCUCCUCUCCGCCCCGAUCGGCGGCGCCGCCUCUCUCUCCGGCCGCCGUCGCCGCCGCCACUCCGCCCAAACCCGGGGCCCGAAACCCUACCCCUCUCCGACGGUAAACGCUCGCAACCAUGAAACCCUAAUCUCCUUCUCCUCCGUCCCCUCCUCAGUCUCCGCCCAAGCUGGGGACUCCAAACCCGACCCCUCCCCUCCCUCCCUCGAAACCCGGAGGGCGAAACCCCGCAACAGGAAAACCCUGAUAUCCGCCGCAGCCGCGGCUACCGCCGCCGCCACCGGCGCCUUCUUCCUCAACCUCGGCUCGCCUCCUCCCCCACCUCCUCCCCCCGGAGGCGGAGGCGGAGGCGGAGGAGGAGGAGGUGGAGAAGGGUUCUGGUCCCGGAUCUUCUCCCCUCUCAUGGCGAACGCGAGGGACGAGGAGGGGGGCUCGGCGGAGUGGGACUCCCACGGGCUCCCCGCGAACAUCGUGGUCCAGCUCAACAAGCUGAGCGGGCUCAAGCGGUACAAGAUCUCCGAGAUCCUCUUCUUCGACCGGCGCCGCGGCUCCCUCGUCGCGGGCACCGAGGACUCCUUCUUCGAGAUGGUCUCCCUCCGCCCGAACGGUGUUUACACGAAGGCGCAGCUCCAGAAGGAGCUCGAAACCCUGGCCUCCUGCGGAAUGUUCGAGAAGGUCGACCUCGAAGGCAAGACGAAGCCGGACGGGACCCUCGCCCUGACCGUCUCCUUCACGGAGAGCACGUGGCAGUCGGCCGACGCCUUCCGGUGCAUCAACGUGGGGCUGAUGCAGCAGACGAAGCAAAUGGACCUGGAUCCCGACAUGACGGAUCGGGAGAAGCUGGAGUACUUUAGAAGCCAAGAGAGGGACUACAGGAGACGGAUUGAGCGGUCGAGGCCGUGCCUCUUGCCCGUUCCGGUUCAGAGAGAGGUGAUGCAGAUGCUGAGGGAGCAGGGGAAGGUGAGCGCUAGGUUGCUGCAGCGAAUCCGGGAUCGGGUGCAGAAGUGGUAUCACGAUGAAGGUUACGCCUGUGCUCAGGUGGUCAACUUCGGGAACUUGAACACGAGGGAAGUGGUGUGCGAGGUCGUGGAAGGGGAUAUCACACAGCUAGUUAUCCAGUUCCAGGAUAAACUUGGGAAUGUUGUUGAAGGGAACACACAGCUUCCUGUUAUCCGGAGGGAGCUUCCCAAGCAGCUUCGACCAGGGCAUGUCUUUAAUAUCGAAGCGGGAAAGCAAGCUCUCCGGAACAUCAAUUCACUUGCUUUAUUCUCCAACAUAGAGGUUAACCCGCGACCUGAUGAAAAGAGUGAAGGAGGAAUCAUAGUUGAAAUAAAGCUUAAAGAAUUGGAACAAAAAUCAGCUGAAGUAAGCACAGAGUGGAGUAUUGUUCCUGGACGUAACGGACGACCAACUCUGGCAUCAAUUCAACCCGGUGGAACUGUAUCAUUUGAACAUCGUAACAUCAAAGGGUUGAACAGAUCAAUACUUGGUUCUGUUACAUCCAGCAACCUGCUAAAUCCUCAGGAUGAUCUGUCUUUCAAGCUUGAUUAUGUGCAUCCAUAUCUGGAUGGUGUCUACAACCCUCGCAACCGCACCUUCCGUGCUAGCUGCUUUAACAGCAGGAAGUUGAGCCCUGUUUUCACCGGCGGGCCUGGGGUGGACGAAGUUCCGCCUGUGUGGAUUGAUAGAGUUGGGUUUAAAACCAAUAUUACCGAGAGCUUCACAAGGCAAAGCAAAUUCACUUAUGGACUGGUGAUGGAAGAGAUCAUUACACGUGAUGAAACCAGUAGCAUCUGUACUCACGGAUCUCGAGCACUGCCUAGUGGAGGCUUAAGCAUGGAUGGACCUCCGACCACCCUAAGUGGCACUGGUACAGACCGCAUGGCGUUCGCACAAGCAAAUAUUACUCGUGACAAUACAAAAUUUGUAAAUGGAACAGUUGUUGGUGAGAGAGAUGUUUUCCAGUUGGACCAAGGUCUUGGCAUUGGCAGCAAUUUUCCGUUCUUCAAUCGUCAUCAACUCACCUUGACUCGCUUUAUCCAAUUGAAGAAAGUAGAGGAAGGUGCUAACAAACCGCCACCACCUGUGUUGGUCCUCCAUGGACAUUAUGGAGGCUGUGUAGGAGACCUCCCAAGCUAUGAUGCUUUCACUCUCGGUGGGCCCUACUCAGUAAGAGGCUACAACAUGGGAGAAUUGGGUGCUUGCAGGAACAUCCUGGAGCUUGCUGGUGAGCUGCGGAUCCCUGUUAGAAACACCCAUGUCUACUUAUUUGCAGAGCAUGGGACCGACCUAGGCAGUUCGAAGGACGUCAAAGGAAACCCUACAGAGUUUUUCCGUCGGGCUGGACAGGGCUCAUCAUACGGUGUUGGUGCUAAAUUGGGAUUGGUGAGAGCAGAGUAUGCCGUGGACCAUAACUCUGGUACCGGAGCAGUUUUCUUCCGUUUCGGAGAGAGAUUCUGAGGAUGCAAAAAAAAAAAAAAACAAAAAAAGAAAACUAUAGAGGAGGUGGUGCCAAUUUUUUGUGGGUGUCGUGAUGAUCGCAUGGAGUAGGUAGUUGUUGGGCUCGAACUAUUCACAAAGACCAAAGUUUACUGCAUUCUGAUUCAAGUUUCGGGUACUGAAUUUGUUAAGUUUUGCAUCUUUUGCUUUUUAAAUUUCAGAUUCUCGUGAGAUAAAUUUGAAACUGAUCAGUUGUUUGAUACUGUAGGGUGAUACUUCAUCUUCUGCUUUUGCGACUUGUAACUAUUUAUAGCCAUCAGAACAUUAUAUCUCAGCAGCGUGCGCCAUGCUGUACUCCUGCUAAUGUAAAGCUGCUGAGUGGCAUGCUACUGCAUCUCGUGCUGCAACGCCAACAAAAAUAGGUCUUUUUGAUUUUUAA